AAGCACGCAAUAAAAGAAGUUCAAUACCAAUAGCCGGGUCAGGCGCAACACUCGUAUAUGUCAUUGUCAUUCCCUCGCCUUCGACAUUGGUAAUCGCGUUCCUUCGCCCUCCACGCUGAGACACUCUUAAGCCCGGCGCAAAGCGACUCGAAAAAUUAUUUCUGACGUCGACCGAAGACGCGCCCUACAUCUGACCCCGCGCGUCCUCCUAGCAUUGACCCCUCGAAUCGCAUACCGCUCCCUGAGGCUCUGCGACACUUUUUCCACGACAGCUUCGAAAGCGACCAAGGACAAGCACGAGGCGCAAUGACUGUUCCACAGCUGAACGGCCACGGCCCCAUUGAGACGCCACCGCGAGCUCCGUCUCCAGUGCACAAGUUUGGUACAUUGGCUGUUCACGCAGGUUCGCCACACGACCCAGUGACCGGAGCUGUCAUUGAGCCAAUUUCGCUCAGCACAACCUUCGCACAAACCUCCGUUGGCAAGCCAGUCGGCGACCAUGAGUACACACGAUCAUCCAACCCAAACAGAUGGAACUUCGAGACGUCAAUAGCAGCUCUCGAGAAGGCCAAGUACGCGCUAGCAUUCGCAUCCGGCUCAGCAACCACAGCAAUCAUUCUCCAAAGCCUCGCAGCAGGUAGCCAUGUCGUGUCCGUCUCAGACGUAUACGGUGGCACGCACCGCUACUUCACCAAAGUGGCCUCCGCACACGGUGUCCGCGUCACAUUCUCCCCCAGCAUCGAGCUCGACAUCUCCGAACUAAUCACACAAGAAACCAAACUGAUCUGGAUCGAAACACCCUCCAACCCCACGCUCUCCCUCGUCGACAUCCGCGCCGUAGCCGCCAUCGCCCACGAACAUGGCAUCAUGGUCGUCGUCGACAACACCUUCAUGUCACCCUACGUUCAAAAUCCUCUCGAACACGGCGCCGAUAUCGUAGUCCACAGCGUAACAAAAUACAUCAAUGGCCACUCAGACGUCCUCAUGGGCGUGGCAGCCUACAACUCUGACGCUCUCCACGAGCGUCUGAAAUUCUUGCAAAAUGCCAUCGGAGCUGUGCCCAGUCCAUUCGACUGCUGGCUCGCACACCGCGGAGCUAAGACACUCCACUUGCGAGCUCGCGAAGCGACCAAGAACGCCACAGCUGUCGCGCAAGCUCUCGAGGCAAGCCCACAUGUUCUUGCAGUCAACUAUCCUGGGUUGGAUAGCCACAAGCAGAGGAAAGUGGCAAUCAAGCAACACCGAGAGGGCAUGGGCGGUGGUAUGCUAUCGUUCCGCAUCAAGGGUGGAAACGAAGCCGCGAACAGAUUCUGCGAGGCAACACAGAUCUUCACGUUGGCGGAGAGUCUGGGUGGCGUGGAGAGUUUGGUAGAGGUCCCCGCGAGCAUGACGCACAUGGGAAUUCCAAAGGAGCAGAGAGAGGCUGCGGGAGUGUUCGACGAUCUCGUACGAAUUUCUUGCGGUGUGGAGGACGCCGAUGACUUGAUUGCCGAUGUGAAGCAGGCACUGGAGAAGGUUGUGAUUGGUACAAAGGUGACAAACGGGGUGACGAACGGUCACUAGGAAUAUGAUGGAUCGCUCGGACUUCGCAAAAAGCAAGGCAAAAGCACAGAAAGACAAUAGAGGCAUCAGUAUGCCAUGCUUGGCGACAAGAGCAACACAGUUCGGGAAGUGAUACUCUACCCUCGCGGCAAGUCCGCGGGGUGCUUUUUCAUUACGGCAUGUCACAUAAUGCCGUUUGCAUAAUGACAGGCGUUUCUAGCUGCAGACAAUGCGGCAUGACUUUCAGUCCUCCAUAUCCAAACCAAAGACCUGCUUCUUCACGGCAA